UAACAUUUUAUCCUGCUGUCCCAUGGAUGGGGAACCCUUUUCAGCCUGAGAGCCACAUUCCCUUCUGAACAAUCACCCAGCAUCCAUAUGCGCAAGUGGUGGGUGGGACAAAUAUGAAUUUUGUCUCUGCACAGUAGGCUCAUUUCUUCAUAUUCAAACACCCCCCCCCUUUAAACCCUCCCAUCCAGCCAUCAAAAGGCUCAUUCCAGCCAGGCAAAAACAGUCAAGGAGCCUGCAAAGCAGAGGGAGGUCUGAGAAGAGAGUGUUUGCGGUAGAGUCCCACAGGUCAGUUAGAGAGGAUGGAAGGCUGCAUUUGGCCCCCUGAUCUUCUCCACCCAAGGAUCAAUUCUCCAGAUCACCUGCUUUCAAUUUACUACUGAAGACCUGAAGCUAUAGGGUUUGCAAAAUCCACAAAGUGUGCCUUUUAAUAUCAAGUAUGGAAAGGGCUUUGCCAAUCCCACUGCGUACCCCACAGGGCUAAAAAUACUCCCUGAAUGCAGGUGUUCUGCUUGUGAUUAAGCCACCGCUGUGCUCUGAAAAUGCAAGCGUGGUCCACGAUUCCCACUAGUCAGCUAACCCCGAAAGCCCACCCCUGCGUGUUCCUGGAUGUAAAACCAAAUCCACAGCCCCACAUUCCUGCAGAUGCAUGCUGGAAAUAACAUCUGCUUAUGAGAGAGGGAUGUAAAACCACAAGGACCCAGCCUUGCCAUGCUAUGCCUGUGGUAGACGGAGGUACAUGGUGUCCCCGGCAAUCGCAAUGCUCCAAUGCUGCUUGCGCUAUUUCUGGGGCCGACGGCAGUCACUGCUUUGUAAGAAACCGGGUUGCCUUGUAAUUACCGUUCCCUUUCACAAACAUCCAAGGCUGUCAUUUGCAGCUGUCCGGUGCUUAAUUCUCUGCAAAUAAAGCUUUCAGUUUGGCAAAGGCAAACGUCAAGCUUUUAGAUGCCGUUUGUGAGCAGUGUGAUCGCAGCAGCUGCCUCUUCUCUUGCCUGUGCUUGGCCCAUCCGAAAAAUACCAUGUCAAUCGCACACACUGCGGGCGAGUAUAUGCUCUCGGAUGCUUUGCUUCCGGAUCCGAAUGGCUCCAGGGCAAAGGGGCUUCGCUUGGAGCUAUCGUGUGACCGCAUCGUGAAGUUUGUCACUGUGGGGCUGCCCCUGCUGCUCGUGUCCCUGUCAUUUGCGCGGGAAUUUUCAUUGGGCUCCCAGAUCAGUUGCUUCUCUCCCGCCAACUUCACAGGGAAGCAAUCGGCCUACGUCGACGCUGUGUGCUGGGACUCCUUGCUUCACCAUGACUACGAUACUAUGGGAGACUCUCAAUCCAGAUCUCUCUGGGUCCUCAAGGUCUUCCCAUAUUCCUUGCUGGUGAUUGCAGUCGCCAUGUACCUGCCUUCUCUGCUCUGGAGAUAUGCGGCUGCCUCGUCGUUGAACUGCGACCUGCUCUUCAUCAUUGAUGAGCUGGACAAAUCCUACAACCGUUCCAUCCGCCUAGUGCAGCACAUGGUGAAACUACAACAGUCUGGUACUGACCCAGAAGAGCUAUGGGAGGAAUAUGACAAGGCUCGCAGGGAACGCUAUUUUGAAUUCCCAUUACUGGAGAGGUACCUCACUUGCAAGCAGCGCUCCUACUACCUCGUUGGGGUCUACGUGCUACGGAACCUCCUCCUCCUCUUCCUCCUCGCUGCUACCUGCUUCUACUUGGCCUACUUCCAUGUGGGCGUCUUUUUCCAAGAUGAGUUCAGCUGCACCAUCAAGGUGGGCCUGCUUAGAGAUGAGCUUCACAUCCCAGGCUCAGUCCCCUGCAAGCUCGUCUUCUUCACCGUCUUCCAGGUGACCAGCAUCUGCAUCGGGUGCGUGUAUGUCCUUCUGGGGCCCGUCGUCAUCUACCACCUGCUUCAGUUGUGCCAGUGGGACAAGAGGCUCCUAUCCAUCUAUGAGAUGCUGCCAGCUUUUGACCUCCUCAGCAGGAAGAUGCUGACCUGCCCUCUGAACGACCUGAACAUCAUUUUGCUGUUCCUGCGUGCCAACAUCUCGGAGGUCAAGUCCUUCAGCAGGCUGAGCGUGCUGUGCACUCUGAGGGAUGUCAGGGCGGAUAAGGAGGACAUUGACACGGUGGUGGAUUUUAUGACCCUCUUGGCUGGUCUGGAGAUGUCGAAGCCUAAGCAGAAUCUCUGUGCCAAUGGAAACUCGCCUCAUCACAACAGUGAAAUUAUUGAAAUGAAGCCUGCCUUGGAAUCUAAAGAAGACUGACACGCCCAGCCGGCAGCAGACUGUAGACAGGGCAGCCAACAGCAGAGGAAAUGGGACUGAUGAACAGUGCUGGAACACAAAGACAGCCGGUGCCCCCAUCCUACGCACAGCAAUGUGCUGUGUGCUUUCAUCGCGAUUCUAAGUUGUAUCAUGUUUUCCUGGUACAGGACUGCACCAUCCUAAGUGCUUGCUUAUUGGGUUCAAAGUCCAUAGAAUUUAAUAUUUGGAAUACGAUUCUUGCAUGCUGGCUAUAGGCUGCUGGCAAAUGUCUUUGUAUUGUUUGAGGCUUCAUGUACCCAUAAGGUGAGGCUGCCAGUUGUUCUGGCGGAAUCCUGGGCCUUUUAAGUUGUGCUGCAGACAGAUUGAACUUUUCCACCAUGGCAAGUGUGAUUCACUGGCUUAAUAUCUGUUACAAACCUGCUGAAGGUGCAAUGGCCUUUCCAUGAAAAAAAAAUAGUGGCUUUUUUAUGUUGUAUGCUAAUGUUCACCUAACCUACAGCCCAUUUGUCUGCCUUGCUGUGGUCGUUCUGCAAACUAAUCAUUAAAUUUAAUGUCACACUGAUCAGUUGGGGACUGUGCUCCUGUCUGACCUGGUUCUGAUGUAGAAACCAUGUUACCAGCUGGAUCACAUAAACCUGGACACAAAGUAAUCCAUAUAUUCCAUCUUAAACACUAGUCCAGUCUAUACAGUGGUACCUUGGGUUACAUAUGCUUCAGGUUACAGACGCUUCAGGUUACAGACUCCGCUAACCCAGAAAUAGUGCUUCAGGUUAAGAACUUUGCUUCAGGAUGAGAACAGAAAUCAUGCUCUGGCGGCGCAGGAGCAGCAGGAGGCCCCAUUAGCUAAAGUGGUGCUUCAGGUUAAGGACAGUUUCAGGUUAAGAAUGGACCUCCGGAACGAAUUAAGUACUUAACCUGAGGUACCACUGUAGCUGAGAAUCCAUUAUCUCAUGAAUUGUUAUAAACAGAACCAGAAAUAUAUCUAGGAAAGUUUAAUAAUUUAUAAGACAGUCGUUUUAGAGUGCAAAAAUGUCACUUUUUAUUUUUUUAAAAAUAUAACUAAUAGCCUGUCCCUGGUAAAUAACCAAGAGGACUUUUUUGGGGGGGAUUUCAAGUAUAAAAUCUGAGAGAUUGUUUCACAUGCAUGAUCACAAGACUUAUGCUGAUCUCAAGAGCAGACAGCGGAAGGGAAAUAAACCAAAGCAUAUUUGCUUGCAUGCUAUCCUUAAGCUGUGCAUCUGCUCCUCCAAACACCUUACUCAGCAGCAGUCCGUGUAUUUGCUCAAAUCCAAUGAACCCAGCAACAAGACCAAGCUGUUCCUUCUUUUCUGCUCUGGUUAGCACAACAGGAACAGUCACAGUUCUUUGGCAUGCAAAAGGCUGGCUCUCUGC